AAGGAGAUAUCCCUAACCCUCCGUUCUCCUUUUCCUCUGCUCUUAAAAGGAAGAAGAAACCAAGGACCACCUCCAACCACCUCCUCUCUCUCUCUCUCUCUCUCUCUCUCUCAUUCUCUUUUCGGACCCAUCGAAUUAGACUCGAAACGAUGGCCGCCGCCGUUGCCGACGGAAUCGAAUUGAAGCCGAGCGCCCCGGCGGAGGACAUCGAGAACGGCGCGCCGCGGAGCGUCCCCUCGAACGGCGCUGGCACCGUAGGCGAAGACGGGGGCGCGGUGGUGACGUCGGUGGUGCGGCGGUGGAAGCGGGAGGACCUCCUGGAGAAGAGCACGCUGCUGCUCCGCGCGCUGGGCUGCCUCUUCUCCCUCGUCUCCCUCCUCGUCAUGGCCUCCAACAAGCACGGCGAUUGGAAGGAUUUCGAUCGCUACGAGGAAUACAGGUAUGUGUUGGCGAUCGCCAUCCUGGCGUUUCUGUACUCCAUGGCCCAGGUGGUGAGGCAGGUGCAGAGGUUCAACACGGGAAGAGAUCCGGUGCCGAAACGGUUUUCGGGGAUUCUGGACUUCGCCGGAGAUCAGGGCAUUGCAUACCUGUUGAUCUCGUCGCUAUCUGCAGCCAUCCCACUUACUAAUCGUAUGCGAGAUGGAGCGGAUAAUAUGUUCACGGAUGCAUCUUCAGCUUCCAUUAGCAUGUCCUUCUUUGCGUUUAUAGCCCUUGCUUUAUCCGCUCUUAUAUCAGGGUACAAACUUUCUAAACAAACUUACAUAUAGAUGCACCCUCUUGUUUGUUUUUUUGUUUUUUUUCAGUACCUUGUGUCUGUACGUUCAGUCUCUCAUAGCACAGUGCAUGUUGCUCCAUUCCUAGUACCAUUCAGAGUUUAUAUUUAAAAUGUGUUUCUAUGAUAAUAAGAUCUUCUGGAAGUAAUAAUACUUUUAUUUGUUUUUUUUUUAAUUUGUAACAUUGUCUUAAUUUA